CAUGAAGAAGGAGAGGAAGCGCUUCAUUUACUAAACUCAGUGAGCUUUCGACCACAGCGACUACCAACGUCCAGACAUGGAUUCACAGGUGAUGACUAACCCAGACGAGAUCGCCAGACUCUACAGACAGCUCAGCCUUUUCCCUUCACUAAGCAGGGCAGAAGUGGGACCUGUCAUCACCUCCCAGUAUGGAGGCAAAUACAGCAACAUCUACACAGAGUGGAGUCAGCGCGAUCUGGAAAGGAAUGAGAAUGUCAAGUUUUGCAAGCAGUACAUCGUGUUCCAUGAUGACAAGUCGGUGGUCUUUUCAGCACCAUCGGGCAACUGCACCGAGUUCCAAGGAGUGUUGCUAAGUAAAGAUGCCCCUUCUGGAGAAAUGAAGGCUGUUGUCAGAAAGAGCACAGUUAAGGGGGAGGAGAACCAGUUUUUGGAGAUCUGGAGUAAAAACAAGAUGAAGAGCAUCAAUCUCACAGCUUUAAAGAAGCAUGGAAAGGUUUAUGAAGAUGAGCAGUUUGGUUGCUUGGUCUGGUCCCAUUCUGAGACUCACCUCCUGUACGUGGCUGAGAAAAAGAGGCCCAAGGCCGAGUCUUUCUUCCAGACCGAGUCUUCAGCGCUGUCUUCUACUGUGGAUGAAGAAGAAACUUUGAGAUCAGAGAAAAAGGAAGCUGUCAAAGGAGAGCAGUUUGUCUUUUAUGAGGACUGGGGAGAGACACUGGUUCAUAAGAGCAGCCCAGUGCUCUGUGUUGUGGACAUUGAGGGUAGCAAUGUUUCUGUGUUAGAAGGAAUGCCUGACAACAUCUCACCAGGACAGGCAUUUUGGGCUCCGGGUGACACAGGUGUGGUGUUUGUUGGAUGGUGUCAUGAGCCUUUCAGACUUGGACUUAAGUUCUGUCCCAACAGGAAUUCAUCUUUGUUCUAUGUGGAUCUCACUGGAGGGAAAUGUGAGCAGUUGUCAUCUGGAACUAGUGCAGUCUCCUCUCCCAGGCUGAGCCCAGACCAGUGCCGGAUUGUCUACCAAGAAAAUACUGUCUAUGGACCACACAUGCAGUGUAGCCGACUGUGUAUGUAUGAUUGGUAUACUAAGAAGACCUCUGUGGUGGUGGAUGUGGUGAAGAGACCAGGAGAGGAUGGCUUCGCUGGCAUCUAUUGCACUCAGUUGCCACCUCAAUGCUGGUCAGCUGAUAGUCAGCGAAUAAUUGUUGCCUGUCCUCAGCGCAGCCGCAAGGAGCUGCUGAUGGUGGAUAUAAAUACAGGGAGUGUCACCUCUCUGACUGCAAAGUCUGGCAUGGGUGCCUGGUGUCUGCUGACUGUCGAGAGAGAUCUGAUAGUGGCAAGCUGCUCUUCUCCAAACUGCCCCCCAAGUCUGAGAGUAGGUUUCCUUCCCACCAGGGAUUCUGAAGAAGAAGUGGUCUGGAUUACACUGGAGGAAUCGCAGACAAUGCCAGAAAUUGAUUGGCAGAUCUUGGCGUUCAAGCCUCCCUCAGAGCAAGACAACAGUCAAUACCCUGGCCUUGACUUUGAAGCGUUACUGAUUAAACCAAAGGAGGUGAAGAAUGGUGUGAAGCUGCCUCUUAUUGUGUUUCCUCAUGGCGGUCCACACUCUGUGAUUGUUGCUGACUGGCUUCUGUCCCCAGCUGUACUAUGUCGGAUGGGCUUUGCUAUAUUAUUAGUGAACUAUCGUGGAUCCCUUGGAUUUGGCCAGGACAAUAUCCUCUCAUUGCCGGGCAAUGUUGGCACGCAGGACGUCAAAGAUGUUCAAUUUGCUGUGGAAAGUGUCCUCAAGGGUGAUGAGUUUGACAAGCAGAAGCUGGCAGUUUAUGGAGGUUCUCACGGUGGUUUCUUAGCCUGUCAUCUCAUUGGCCAAUAUCCCGGUUACUACAAGGCUUGUGUGGCUCUCAACCCUGUCGUCAAUUUGGCCUCUAUGGUUUGCAGCACAGACAUCCCAGACUGGUGCAUGUUUGAGGCUGGCUGUGACUACAGCACAGAGAGUCUACAUGAUCCCGCUAAUGUGGAGCAAAUGUUGAACAAGUCUCCAAUCAAACUCACCACACGUGUGCAGACACCGGUCCUGCUCAUAUUAGGAGAAGAUGACAAGCGUGUGCCCCACGAACAAGGAAUUGAAUAUUACAGAGCUUUGAAAGCAAAGCAGGUGCCUGUCCGUUUGCUGUUGUAUCCGGGGAACAACCACGCCUUGUCCAAUGUGGAUGCUGAGUCUGAUGGCUUCAUGAACACCGCUUUGUGGAUAAUACAACACUUGUGUGAGUGAUGAUUAGUAUGUUGACUCGUGCAAAAGAUAUCAGAAUACUAACAUACUAGGUUCUUUCCUGUUCUUGGAACAUUGUGAAGCCAAAGCAAAAAAGUGCUCUGAAGUCAGAAAAUGACUUUUAUAUUCAUUUGAUUCUGUCUGUUGUGAUUACCACGUCUUCUACUCUUAAAAUAAUUAUUUUUAAACUGUCUCUUAACUCGACUAAAACUUGAAUAAAGGCUGUUUUAAAUAA